GAAAAUUUAUUGUAUUUACUUUAUUCAAUUGGAGUCACUUGCAGCGUUUGGACACCAAGGAGCUUUUCGAGGUGCCUAGUGAGAAACCAGAUAAGCCACCAUGUCCACACAGCCAGCGGAGAAUGAGGAGAGUGCAGCGGCGAAGUCCAAGCGACCUUCAGAUUCGGCCUUCAAGCAGCAGCGCCUGCCCGCCUGGCAGCCAGUCCUAACCGCCCGCACCGUACUGCCCACCUUCUUUGUGAUCGGAGUUCUCUUUAUACCCAUCGGCGUGGUCCUGCUGCACCUGAGCAACACCGCAAACGAGCUGAUCAUCGACUACACCAAGUGCAGGCCCUCUGGCGGAAAUGCCACCUGUGCGGAGUAUCUGGAGGCCAACCCCGGCGGUCAGUGCAACUGCGAGGUGCCCUUCGUCCUGCCCUCGGACUUCAAUGGUGUCGUAUACAUGUACUACGGACUUACCAACUACUAUCAGAACCAUCGGCGCUAUGUGAAAUCACGGGACGACGAGCAGCUGCUGGGUCACCUGUCGCAAACGCCCAGCACAGACUGUGCCCCCUUCGCCUAUGAUCCCGAUUCUGGAAAGCCCAUCGCGCCGUGCGGUGCCAUUGCCAACUCGCUGUUCAAUGACACGUUGACCCUGUUGCAGGGUGGCUCCGAGAUUAACCUGCUGAAGACGGGCAUAGCCUGGCCAUCCGACAAGCGCGUCAAGUUCCGCAACCCAGAGGGUAACCUGAACGUCUCCCUUAAGGGAUUCUCACAGCCAAUAUUCUGGAAGAAGGGUCUGGCCGACCUAGACCCAGAGAAUCCGGAAAACAACGGCUUCCAGAACGAGGAUCUGAUCGUGUGGAUGCGCACAGCCGCUCUGCCCAGCUUCCGGAAGCUUUAUCGCCGGCUUAACCAGACGAACACCAACUAUGCCAGCGGCCUCAAGGCUGGCAAUUAUACGCUUAACAUUACGUAUCAAUACCCGGUGGUGUCGUUUGACGGCACUAAGCGAAUGAUCCUUUCCACCACAUCCGUGCUCGGUGGCAAGAAUCCGUUCCUGGGCAUUGCGUACAUUGUGGUCGGCGCAAUAUGCAUCACCCUGGGCCUGGCCUUGCUGUUUAUCCAUAUGCGAUGCAGUCGCAGCAACAUGGAGAUGAUCAACGUGAAUCCGCACACGCAGUACUCCUAGACCGAGCACCGUCAGUAUUCCGGGCUGCUUCACUUAGCUUUAGUAGAUCCAUCUGUUUAAGCCCUAUCAGCAUAAAAUAGUUUCUAUUAACCAACUGGCACCGUGUUCUCGACUGCUCUAUUCUUUAUGUUUAACUGUGUGUUCUUGGCCAUGCGAUGUGCUGGCCAAGUGCCUUUUGUUGAUUCUGUUCGUCUUUGACUCUAUAUGUGUGCACCCAAAUUGUGAUUUUUUGUAUAACUUAUUCCGCACAUCACACCCAGCAAAAGUGGCGCCCUUCGCAACAUCCACACGAACUUCCACCAUUGCUUUACAAACUGCAAAGUAAUACUUUGUGCCUGACCUAAUCUGUAUUGCCUUUUACUACGUUUAUACGCGCAAAUAAACAUUGUUAAUGGCA